AUGGGAAUGGCCUUUUCAUGUGCCCUUGCUGAAUUCGAUGAAUUGAAUAGUCCUUUCGACACUGUUCUUAUUAGAUCAAUUAGUUUUGGGACUGCUUCGCAAUCUGUCGGUUUUAAUGUCUGUGAUUCAGAACCUCAUUCCAUGAGAUCAUAUGUUUCAGGAAAGAUGAUAUUUGAAGAAUGCCUUAGCUUUAAGGAGAGGGAAUUCAGUACCACAUUCUCCUUCAAAAGUACUGCCUCGGAUAUGGAUGUGCUCGCUAGAUCAAUCAUUAGUCCUCAAGUUGGAGAAAAGGGUAAUCAGUUGACAAGGACAGAUAGCUUGCCGGACAAAAAACUUCACUUGUCAUUGCUUGAGUCAGGGAACCAAAGACACCAGGCCGCGGUGACAUUGCAGAAAGUGUAUAAAAGCUUCAGAACCAGGAGGCAGCUGGCUGAUUGUGCUGUUGUUGUCGAGCAGAGAUGGUGGAAGUUGUUGGAAUUUGCAGAGCUCAAGAGAAGCUCCAUAUCUUUUUUUGAUAUUGAGAAACCUGAGACUGCAAUUUCACGUUGGUCCAGAGCAAGAAUGAGAGCUGCUAAGGUAGGAAAAGGCUUGUCGAAGGAUGCAAAGGCUCGGAAGCUAGCUUUACUGCAUUGGCUAGAGGCAAUUGAUCCACGGCAUCGUUAUGGACACAACCUUCAAUUUUAUUAUGUCAAUUGGCUUCAUUGCCAGAGCACACAGCCUUUCUUCUAUUGGCUCGAUAUUGGAGCUGGGAAAGAAGUGAACCUUGAUAGAUGUGCUAGAUCAAAGCUUCAACAACAAUGCAUCAAAUAUCUUGGUCCUGCUGAAAGAGAAGCUUUUGAAGUAGCAGUGCAGAAUGGGAGAUUAUUAUAUAAACAGAGUGGGAAACUUCUCCAUACAGCAGAAGGACCGAAGGAUGCCAAAUGGAUUUUUGUUCUGAGUACAUCAAAGACCUUGUAUGUUGGUCUGAAGAUCAAGGGAAUGUUUCAACAUUCAAGUUUCUUGGCUGGUGGAGCCACUCUAUCUGCUGGAAGAUUAGUCGUGGAAGAUGGUGUUCUCAAGGCAGUUUGGCCUCACAGCGGCCAUUAUCUCCCAACGGAAGAAAACUUCCAGGCAUUCAUGUCAUUCCUCAGGGAACACAACGUAGAUCUAACCGAUGUAAAGGAAAGCCCAACUGAUGAAGAAGAUGAAUCUGUUAUAAAAAAGGACAUUCGUGGUAGCCUCCGAGACCAACCUGAUGCAGAUUUACUUGAAGACACCAAAGCAACAAAUGUUGAAGUCUUGGCUCUAGAGAACACAGUUUCAAGGAAACAAGAUUCUAAUGUGGCAGAAAAUGCUAAUCUGCACACAUCAAAGUUGUCACGUGGAUUACAAUUUAAAAUUACUGAACUUGAAAUACCAGCAAGAGGAGAUGUGAUUGACACUUUCAAAACAGAACAACUUGGACCAAGCUGCCAGGCUGAAGAUCCUCAUUCUUCUGGAGAAGAUGGCUAUGAAACGGCAGAAGAUUCAUUUUUGACGGAGGAAGAUUUCAUGAUUACUAAACUCAACUUGUUUGACGAAGAUAACGAAGAAGAAAAUGAGGAGCCCGUCCCCAAAGAAAAAAUCCUCCAAAGGAUAGAUUCUCAUAAAGGAAUGAAGUCAUAUCAAUUGGCGAAGCAAUUACCAUCAUCUAAAUGGACUACUGGUGCAGGGCCACGGAUAGGAUGCAUGAGGGAUUAUCCAUCAGAGCUUCGAUUCCGGGUUUUAGAGAACGCAAAUUUGUCGCCACGAACAAGAAGUGAUAACUCAUCACCACGGACCGCACCUCGGCUUAGCCCGACCGUUUCAUCACCAAUGGUUUUGACACAAGCUUCAUUAUUUAAAGAAACAUCAUGCAGAAGUCCCCUUGCUCCAGACCAAGUGUUAUUUUCACAAACAGCAAACCUUUAGACACUGUUGGAUCAAGAAUUUUUCUUUUGCUUAUUUACUGGGAUAGAAUAGAAAUGAUAUAGGGCAUUAAUUCUUUGUAUACGCCAUUAUCAAUACCUCUCUUCUGUAGACACACAAAAAUGAAAUGAGAAGUAAAGGGUUAAGCAGGCA